AGAUACCUGACGAUACAACAGUUGUGUCCUUCAAGAUUACAGGGAAAGGCCAAGCUCUACUCUCGCUACAAUGGAAGUACAACAUCGUGACCAGUCCUCCGAAUAACAACACCAACAAGUUCACCCUGGACACAAACACAGAAGCAAUCAACAACGAUAUCUUCGAUACCAUCAUUGAUUUCCAAUUGUUGGACAAAGAAGAAAGUGGAGGAAUGGCCCUUGUCACUUACACAGCCCCCUCAGGUUUCUCAACAGACAUUGAACGUGUAACUGGAGUAGCACGCAAGGAAACUAAUGGCAAAACUGUGACCCUCUACAUCAACAAUCUCCAGAUGGACCGGAAACAGCUGCGUCUCCAGUCCUUCCGAACCCAGGAUGUAGCGGAUGUCAAGAACGGAGUAGUCUCCGUUGAAAUGUACUACAAUCCAGUCGCAAGCAAGACUGUGACCUAUGACCUCCCGGAUGCAGUGAAAUUGACGGCCUGUCAGUUAAGCGGGGACAUGGAUGACGCAUGUCCUAAACCCCGGAAUCCUAAUGGUGCCUCGUCUGCCACACCCACCAAGCUUCUACUCACCAUCGUCUCAACUCUCAUGUUGAUGACUAACUUGAACUAGAGUUACCUCCCCAGAGCUCCUCAACAUGACACAAAUUUUAACAAGAAUGACAUAAAAAAUUAUCUAUGACAGUUUAAUUAAAGACUUCCAAGCAAUGAGUCUCACUUCUACAAAAGGAAUUCAACUUGAUCUUAUUUAACAGGUACCAUGUUAUUUUAAAAUCUGAUUUGUUCUGCAUUUUGGAGCUUAUUUAUUACUUGUACAUUGUAUCAUGAUCAGAAUUUAGAAAAUUUGCUAUUUUAUUGAUUUGCAUGUAAUUGCUAUCUUAUCGAUUUGCUUGUAAGUAGAGAAGACUGAGAGAGCAGGGAGCUAACAGGGGGAAAGCUGAUCUUCCCGGGGAAUGGUUAGGAAUCUAUGUAGUUGUGAAGUUAGUUGCUACUAUUGAAUUCUUUAGCCUCUAAAUGAGGUCAAACUUGGGAGUAGGGCUAGGGUGGGGGUUGGGUGUGUGGCCGUGGGGAGUCUCUAUAGGGUUAUAUUUGGGUUAGGGUUAGGGCUAGGGUGGGGGUUGGGUGUGUGGCCGUGGGGAGUCUCUAUAGGGAUAUAUUAUGGUUAGGGUUAGGGCUAGGGUGGGGGGUGGGGGUGUGGCCGUGGGGAGUCUCUAUAGGGUUAUAUUCGGGUUAGGGUUAGGGCUAGGGUGGGGGUUGGGUGGGUGGCCGUGGGGAGUCUCUAUAGGGUUAUAUUCGGGUUAGGGUUAGGGCUAGGGUGGGGGUUGGCUGUGUGGCCGUGGGGAGUCUCUAUAGGGUUAUAUUAUGGUUAGGGUUAGGGCUAGGGUGGGGGGUGGGGGUGUGGCCGUGGGGAGUCUCUAUAGGGUUAUAUUUGGGUUAGGGUUAGGGCUAGGGUGGGGGUUGGGUGGGUGGCCGUGGGGAGUCUCUAUAGGGUUAUAUUCGGGUUAGGGUUAGGGCUAGGGUGGGGGUUGGCUGUGUGGCCGUGGGGAGUCUAUAGGGUUAUAUUUGGGUUAGGGCUAGGGCUAGGGUUAGGGCUAGGGCUAGGGUUGGGGGUUGGCUGUGUGGGCUUGGGGAAUCUAUAUAAGGUUUUAUUAGGGACUAGAUAUAUUUGCUUAUACAAAGGUUUUUAGUAAAUAUCUAUUUGGCUUUCCUUCUGUGUGUAUUAAGUUGGCUUUUUAAACUAACAUGUAGGUCUCAACAAAAAUGGUCACUUAAUUAGAAGAGUCCUAAUGACAAGGAUUAAUUGUCCUCAUAUCAAAGUCCUUUGGCCCAAUAAGUGUGACAGAAGGAGGCAAACUUCACCAUGGAUCAUGAUAGAAAAACAACGAUUUAUAAGUUAGCUUUUGACAAAUUUUGCCAGAAGAGUUCUUGUGAGCAUGGGCUUCAGACCAAAGCGAGCGGGAAGGUUUAUGUCUCCUUUAUUCUCCUAAUCAAAGAAUGAAAACUGUUUUAAUGAACUCGCUUACAAAUUUUACUCAUUUUUAAUUUGUUUUUGUAUCAAGUUUCUUAUCAAAUUUUCAAAAACCUUUGGGUGUUAAAUCAUUAUGCAAAU